CAAACUGUGAAAUCAGUCAUUUCGUGAAAUGACUGAUUUUCUUAGUCAUUACAUGUAUUGCCUGCGGAGGCCAGUCAGUUCACGAAAUGACUGAAAAUUAUAGCCAUUUCAUGAAACGACUGAAUUAUUGUCAUGCUUGUUACACUAUAUGGCUGUUUUGAAUUAGGCAAAAUGUGAACUAGUGGUUUGACGAUGUGAACUAGCUGUUUGACGUCCAUUGACAGCCAUGACUUCAGCUCAGUCACACUGAGAGCACACACUAAACACUCAGCUCCGAGUCUCUUUGCUGAUUCCAGUUGAAUCCAGUUCCUUCACAAGAUGUCUGAAAGCAUAGAGUUAAAAUUUCGUGAAGAAUUAUAUUCUAGGUAUGAGAAGUGUCGCAAAUAUCUCAUUCCGAAAGAAGAAUAUUUCCAAAUUAUUGAGGACAUUCGUACAACUAGUGAAAGGAAGAACACUAAGAGUCGCCAUCAAUACUACCUUCUGAGUAAAUAUGAAGUGCUACAGUGUGGUGAUAUUGAGAAACUUAUUAAGAAACGACAAACCCCAGAUGAAACACCAGUGUACUAUGUCUCCAUUGAAGACACUUAUGACAUAGUUAAGAGGGCCCAUGUUGCAACUGGGCACGGUGGUCGAGAUAGAAUGACUAGAGAACUCCAAGUGAAAUACGCCAAUAUUCAGCGGGAUACAGUUGAACUAUUCAAAUCGUUGUGUCAGGAAUGCCAGAAAAAGAGAAAGCGACCAAUGACAAAGGGAGUUGUGGUUAAACCUAUUCUGACUAGUGAAUUUUCAUCACGUGGGCAGGUAGAUCUUAUUGACAUGCAGUCUAUGUCGUGUAGAACUUACAAAUGGAUUAUGGUUUACCAAGACCACUUAACAAAGUUUUGCGUUCUGCGUCCACUCAAAUCAAAGCGUGCAGCUGAAGUAGCAUUCCAACUAGCUGAUAUUUUUCUUCUCUUGGGGGCUCCUGUAAUUCUUCAAUCAGACAAUGGUUCUGAGUUUACUGCUCAGAUCAUUACUGAACUGUGUUCCAUGUGGCCUGAAUUAUCCAUCGUUCAUGGUAAGCCAAGACACCCACAGAGUCAAGGCUCUGUGGAGAGAGCAAAUGGUGACAUAAAGGACAUGCUUGUUGCUUGGAUGGCUGAUAAUAACUCAACGGACUGGGCAACGGGCAUAAAAUUUGUUCAAUUCUCCAAGAAUUCUGCCUAUCACGCAGGGAUCAAGAGGAGUCCAUAUGCUGCAAUGUUUGGUGUGAAUGCCAGAGUCGGACUGACAUCAACAUCACUUCCACAUGAAAUCAUCAGUUCCCUGCAGUCUGAACAAGACCUUGUAACCUUGCUUCAAGAAAGAGAAACUGAUACCAACAAUCCUGAAACAGAAAGUACAGUCCACGAACCAGUCGCAACCGAAAUUAACGAGGAUGAGCAAGAAAUUGAUGUCAACUCCCAACGUAUAGCUGCCAGUGAACCAGAACAAGAACAAGAACAUGAACCUGUAUCCCCUCAUCACUCUGAUCUUGAUCAACUGCAACACAGCAUCAAUUCCCAACGUAUAGCUGCCAGCGAAUCCCAGAAACAACAAGCGGAGCGUAUGGUGAAGAGAAGCCGAAUAGAGCUAAAAGUAGGUGAGAUAGGAGACAACGUUGCUCUUCCCAUUCCUUUAGUUGAUCGAGGUCGUGGAGACCCAAGGAACAUCUUAGGAGUUAUAGUGAGUAGGAGCAUAAACGAUCAGUACAAAGUAGCUACCAAAAGUGGUGUUCUAAAAGGAAGCUAUUCAAGGAAUCAAUUUGACAUUUGUCCUGAAAGAUUGCUGAGAGAGGGUGACAUUAACAGUGAUACAGAAAUUUCUCUCCGAGAAGCCGUUAUCAAAGAAUCUGACAAUGGAGGACAAGGUUUUGUUAAGUGUUCUUGUAAUGGUAAAAAAAAAUGCCAAUCAAACUGAUGUAAAUGUUUCAAAUCUAAACAGCUUUGCAAUAGUAGAUGUCAUAACAGCCUUAAUUGUACAAACAAGUAGCAUGAAUGAGUGAUUGUGUUGUCAUAUGUAAUUCUAUUGUUUAAGUGAUUUAUUUUUUAACUACAGUUGUACUUUUGUAAUAUGUGAUUUUUCAUGAAUUUUAACAUGCUUUUAAAAUAUACUGUAUUUGAAUAAAAACAAAUUAUGAAGAUUUGUAAUUUUUUUAUGAAUUUUAACAUGCUUUUUUAAAAUAUACUGUAUUUGAAUAAAAACAAA